CGAAUGGUUAAGAAAACACUAGGGGUAAGUUAGGGAGAAUCAUUAUUAAAUAUAAUUUUCCGUUUUUAAUUUUAAUCUGUUUGUGUUAUUAGCGCUGAUUUUUAGGGAUUUGGGACGUUUAGGAGUUUUGAUUUUUUUAUUAGUGAUGUACUCUCUCCCGUUUCCUCUGAUUCGUGGAUAGCUACAGCGCCGGUGCGGGAGAGAAGAAAUCGAAGGGGAAGAAAUCGAAGAACAAAUAUCUUCGGAGGUGUCGUCGGAAACGGCGGUGAGAAGGUUUAUUGUUGAUUGUGACUGAAUCCGAUGAAGUUCCGGUGACGACCGUGGCACCGGAGAUGGACGCUGCGGAACCGGCGAUCGACUUGUCCAUCGUCUCGGUUGAAGUGGGAAAAGCGAGGGAGGAGAUCAACGAUGGUACGGCGUGGUUUCAGUGACGUGCUGUUGUGAGGAUAUCAGUGACGUGCUGUUGUGGUGGAAAUAGUUGUUGUAGUGUUUUUGCAUGGAAGUGUUUCUCGUUUGGUAGUAUUUUGUUAUUGAUCAUAGUAGUGUUUAUGGUCAUAGUUUUCUUGGGACUAUGUAGUCUCGUAGAUAUUGAGGUGCAAUAACUUGGUAGUAGUGGUUUUUAAUAAUACGUGUGUAGUGUUUGUAUGAAUACGUGUGUAGCGUUUUGUGAUUGACGUGCCGAUGCUUGUGUAGGGUUUACUAUUAAUGGCAUGGAAGUAGAUGUAGUGUGAUUUGUACCUAUUGUAGUGUUAUCAUAUAUUGUGUGUGGAUGAAUGUGUAGGGUUUUGUGUGUGUAGUAUUUUGGGAGUCAGUAGAGUGUAUCGUAUGGUGUUUUCGGUUGCGUACAAGUUCAUAAGUAGGGUUUUUGUAAGCAUGUAGAGUUAUUUAUGUUGUAGCGAUUUUGCAUGUUUGCAUGAAGAGAUGUUGCGUACGAGUUCAUAAGUAGUGUUUUUGUAAAGAUGUAGAGUUAUUUAUGUUGUAGUGUUUUUGACAUAUACUGAUUAGGGUGUAACCUAACACGAAUCACUACCAACGAAACAAUAACAACCACAAACGAAAACACUACGAACUGACCCAUCGAUUGAAUACUAUCCACAAACGAAAACACUACGAAUGAAUGGCCAUCUGGAUUCACUGUAAACUGAACAUCGUCGGAAAAUAAAAAUUCAUCCCACUCCGAUCAGAACCCAAAACAGAGCUAGGAUACAGCAACCUACAUGCAACCUCCAUUGAAGACAGAUCUUGAACAAAAAAAUAAAAAAUAAAACCCAGCAGGGAGGGCGACAUGCAAUGGAAAGACAAAUCAUAAAUCCAAAAACAAAAAACAAGAAUAGGGAAUGGAGCAUGCAAUGGCGCCUAGUACAUGAUGGAAGGACGAUUGACGAGACUUGACUAUUACCUGAGGCGGGGACGAUCUCGGAUGAGCAGAGGGCGGCGACAAGGUGGGAAACUCGGAGGGCGGCGACGAGGGCGGACAAGCGGUGACCGUCGUCGAGUUAGUAGGAGCAGAGGAGGUCGCAGGGAGUAUUCGGCGGCGACGAGGUCGGAGGAGCGGAGGGUUGCGUCGCCGAGGAUAGUUCAGGCGAACAACGGCCGCAACUCUCGGCUUCGCAGGGAGUAUUCGACGGCGACGAAAUAGAGUGGAAAUUGAGAAGAAAGAAUCUCCCAAAAAAACGAAAGUGACUGUUGGGAUCCCACCACACAAAUCUCGGUUGAUUUGAAGCAAUGACGUCAACUAAUUACACAGACCUUACAAAAAUACCCUCACAAUAAAAACCCCUUUUAUCAGCCGAAAAAAAAAGGAAAUUAAUAUAUGGGGUUAGAACGGUUCUAACGGGAUAUGGGGUUAGAACCCCAUCCCUUAACUUUGAAGUAUGAAUCAAUUAAAAUAGACAACAGCAGACAUCAAUGGCGAGCAGAACCAAACCAAAAAUUUAUUCAGGCUUCCAAAUGGAGAAUAAAUAAGUCAAUGUACUGAUGUUUUGGGCUAACAAUCCCUUCACUGCCCGACCAAAACAAGGCCGAUAGGACCCGUUACAGAGUGAAACAAUUGAUAGGCCCAUUACGUAUGGCCCAAUCGGAAAAAUUAAUUUAACUGAAAUUGGUGGGGUGCGCCAGGCCCUUGCAGUAGUGCAACGCAUGGGCGACACGUGAGAAACCCCUGAAGCAAGCUCCAGCAACGGGCUUCUCCCCCUAAAAAAAUUAAUUUAAUAUCGUGUGGGCCAUUGGCCCACAUAUCAGAUAUUAAACUGAUAAGAACAGAUACUACACUUGAUCUUAGCCAAAAGGCCGAGAAAGGUAUGAAUUGGGCCUGCAGCAGAGCUCUCCUCAUAUUCCCACGCCCCUUGUUUCACAAACUAUGUUAAAGCGAUGUGGUAGGAUUCUAGUUCCUUCAGAAUAGCAAGUGGAGAGGUCAGAACCAAGAAGCAAAGCCUAACUGCUGUCUCCUUCAAACUUGGCCAUGGCUUUUGUACCUCAAACUGAAAAUGUUCGUCUUCUAAAAUAGAUUUGUGGGAUUGACCGCCUUAAGGUGUGUGUUUAUAUACUUCAUCCUUUUAGUCGUAGGAUCCAAUCGAUACUGUUCGCUCUUGUUAUGGAGCAUUACAUUGCCGAAGAUCGACUGCAGCAGUUGAGUUCAUGGGUAUAAAGCUGCUGUUAGUUUUGUUCGCUCUUGUUAUAGAGCAUUUAUGUUGCCGAAGAUCGACUGCAGCUGUUGAGUUCAUGGGUAUACAGCUGCUGUUAGUUGUGGCUAUCUUUUGCCUAGUGACCAGUCAUUCGUUGGGGAAGCGUACAAAUUAUAAGCCAUUCGGUUGGUUCCUUUCUCGUGGUACAGACAACAGCUUCGAACCUCGUCUAAUUUGGAGUCUCGACAGUGAUUUCCUCCUCGUAAGGAUUUGAAGGUUGCGAUUAAGAGGAGAGUGACUGGAACGGAGUAAACUAAGAUGGGUCAU